AUGGGGAAGCCGGCGAAGAAGGGCUGCGACUGGUGGCGCUUUAUCAAGAAAAACUGGCUGCUGAUCAGCACCGUGGCCGCGGUGGUGCUAGGGAUUGCCUUGGGAGUCUUAGUUCGAGAGUUCGGCAACCUGUCUAACCUGGACAAAUUCUACCUUGCUUUUCCUGGAGAGCUUCUCAUGAGGAUGCUGAAGCUCAUCAUUUUGCCAUUGAUUAUAUCCAGCAUGAUCACAGGUGUUGCUGCACUGGAUUCCAACGUGUCCGGAAAAAUUGGUCUGCGUGCUGUCGUAUAUUAUUUAUGCACAACUAUCAUUGCUGUGAUCCUAGGAAUCGUGCUGGUGGUGAGCAUCAAGCCUGGUGUCAGCCAGAAAGUGGAUGAAAUUGACAGGGUAGGCAGCACCCCUGAUGUCAGCACAGUGGACUCCAUGCUCGACCUGAUCAGAAAUAUGUUCCCUGAGAACCUCGUCCAAGCCUGUUUCCAGCAGUACAAAACCAGACGUGAGGAAGUGAAUCCUGCAGGUGAGCCAGAGAUGAACAUGACGGAAGACUCCGUCACAGCUGCCAUGACGACCACAGUUUCCAAGAACAAGACAAAGGAAUACACGGUUGUGGGCCUCUAUUCCGAUGGCAUGAAUGUCCUGGGCUUGAUUGUCUUUUGCCUCGUCUUUGGGAUUGUCAUUGGAAAAAUGGGAGAAAGGGGGCAGAUUCUGGUGGAUUUCUUCAAUGCCUUGAACGAUGCAACCAUGCAGAUUGUGCAGACCAUCAUGUGUUACAUGCCGCUUGGGAUUCUGUUCCUGAUCGCCGGGAAGAUCAUAGAAGUUGAAGACUGGGAAGUAUUCCGCAAGCUGGGCCUGUACAUGGCCACAGUGCUGAGUGGGCUUGCGAUCCACUCCAUCAUAAUCCUCCCGCUGAUAUACUUCAUAGUCGUACGAAAGAACCCGUUCCGAUUUGCCAUGGGAAUGGCACAGGCUCUCUUGACAGCUCUCAUGAUCUCUUCCAGCUCGGCAACACUGCCUAUCACCUUGUGCUGUGCGGAGGAAAAGAAUCUGGUGGACAGGAGAAUCACAAGAUUUGUGCUGCCCGUUGGCGCUACGAUCAACAUGGAUGGAGGCGCGCUCUACGAGGCAGUAGCCACUGUGUUCAUUGCACAGUUGAAUAACUUGGACUUGGGCAUUGGGCAGAUCGUCACUAUCUGUGUCGCAGCCACAGCCAGCAGCAUAGGAGCCGCUGGCGUGCCCCAGGCCGGUCUGGUGACCAUGGUGAUCGUGCUGAGUGCCGUGGGCCUGCCCGCUGAGGAUGUCACCCUCAUCAUCGCUGUUGACUGGCUCCUGGACCGGUUCCGAACCGUGGUGAACGUGCUCGGAGAUGCAUUUGGGACAGGCAUCGUGGAGAAGCUCUCCAAGAAGGAGCUGGAGCAGAUGGAUGCUUCAUCCGAAGUCAACAUAGUGAACCCCUUUGCCUUGGAAUCCACCAUACUUGAUAAUGAAGACCCAGAGACCAAGAAGUCCUAUGUCAAUGGAGGCUUCGCAGUAGAUAAGUCUGAUGCCAUCUCGUUCACCCAGACCUCACAGUUCUAGGACCCCUGGCUUCAGAAGACCGGGAAUAGGAAGGAUGUCUCCGUGAGAGUCAUCUCUUAGCAAACUAAGACAUUAAGGAAAAAAAAACAAAACCAGUGGCCAGUUGUAUAUUUGAUUUGAUAUACAGAUGUCCAGAUUAUUUUCUGUAUUUGGAUUCACAGCUUUUGCUUGAAUUCUAUGAGAGAGAGUUUGGAAGUGCAGAAAAUAACAGCUGUUGGGAGUAGGUAAUGAAUGUGGAAGAGAAAUUGCUUUCCCAUGCACAGAAAACCAGUGUUUUGGGGUUUUUUUAAAAAAAAAAUAUUCUGGCAUUGGUUACAAAUUUUUUCUCUUGGCAUGAAUUUCCUUUGGCUUCUCGUGCUUUAUAGAUUAUGGUGCAGCUGAACCACCCCCAGUGAAUGUGCCAAAAUUGUCUACUUUGAAUUCAUCUCCAGCCAAUUUCAAAGACACUGUUUCGAAAGAAAACAGACCAGCACAGUUCUGCAAUAACAGUUUUAAGAUGGGGUUUGGGGGGAAGGGAGAAGGGAUCUUUUUUCAGUGUGUACUGUAUUGGGAUGCAGGUAACUGUUAACCGAGUGUUCAGUAUAAAGCUAGACUGAUAUACAGGCAGUCCCCGGGAUGCGAACGUCCAACUUAUG